AUGUCAAACAACGAAUAUCAUCCCAAUUAUGGCUACGUUGGAGCUCCUGCAAAUUAUAAUGGUACUGGGGCCAAUGGUGGCGAUAGUGCCGUUGUAAAUCUAAAUCAAUGGUUCGACCCCGGCGACCAAGCUUUCAUCCUCAUAGCAUCAUGUAUGGUCCUCCUUAUGCCCCCCGGUCUGGGCUUCCUCUACUCCGGUCUCGCACGUCGAAAAUCCGCUCUCUCGAUGAUAUGGGCCUGUAUGGGCGCCUUUUCCAUAAUAGUCUUCCAGUGGUUCUUUUGGGGAUAUUCUUUGGCUUUUAGUUCGACGGCGACGAAUGGGUUUAUUGGGAAUUUAAGACAUUUUGGUUUGAUGAAUACAUUGGGCACGCCGAGUCCAGGAAGUCCGUUGAUCCCAGAGUUGUUGUAUAGUUUUUAUCAGUUACAAUUCUGCGCAACAACCGCCGCUAUUGUCGUGGGAGCGGUUGCCGAACGAGGUCGUUUGGUUCCGAUGAUGGUAUUCAUUUUCUUUUGGGCUACUAUUGUCUACUGUCCCAUCGCAUGCUGGGUAUGGAAUAUCAACGGCUGGGGUUUCAAAUAUGGGGUUCUCGAUUAUGCGGGUGGUGGACCGGUCGAAAUUGCUUCGGGUAUGUCUGCGCUGGCUUAUUCGAUGAUCUUGGGCAAGAGACAGGAAAAAAUGAUGUUGAAUUUCAGACCGCAUAAUGUGUCUCUGAUUACCCUGGGUACGAUUUUGCUGUGGUUCGGAUGGUUGGGAUUCAAUGGAGGGAGUGCGUUUGGAGCGAAUUUGAGAGCUGUCAUGGCUUGUUGGAAUUCGUGUUUGGCGGCUAUGUUUGGAAGUAUUACAUGGUGUUUGUUGGAUUGGAGACUUGCGAGAAAAUGGUCCAUGGUAGGUUGGUGCUCAGGCUGUAUCUCCGGUCUCGUAGCCGCCACACCCGCAUCUGGAUUUAUUCCUCCCUGGGCGGCCGUUAUCCUCGGCAUCGUCACCGGUAUCGUCUGCAAUUACAGCACGAAAAUCAAGUUCUGGAUCCGCAUUGAUGAUUCUAUGGAUGUGUUAGCUGAGCACGGCAUGGCUGGUGUCGUCGGUCUCAUUUUCAACGCUUUAUUUGCCGCAGACUAUGUGAUCGGUCUCGAUGGCGUCAAUACCGGUCUCAUCAACGGUGGAUGGCUCAACCACAAUUACAAACAACUCUACAUCCAAGUCGCCUACAUCAUCGCAUGCACUGCCUAUUCCUUUAUCGUCUCAGCUCUCCUCGCCGCCAUCAUAAACAUUAUUCCCGGCCUCCAUCUCCGCGCUUCAGAAGAAGCCGAACUUCUCGGCAUGGACGACGAUCAACUCGGUGAAUUCGCAUACGAUUACGUGGAAGUGAGACGUGAUUAUUUGGCAUGGACACCAGCGAAAGAUGAGCCAGAAAAUGUGGAAAGUAACGUCAAUCCCGAAGAUCGACACGGUAUUCCAGAACACUCGGAUAUGAUUACCGGUCACUCGGAUAUGAUUACGGGCCAUGCGCCUGGGAGUGGCAGGAACAGUGGAAGUGAAGGAGAAGCGCGAGCGGGAAACGCGCAUACGGGAAUCAUGGGGGAUAGACAUGGGGUUGCAGUGCAAGAUAAAGAGAAAGCUGCCAUGUUGAGGGAAGGAUAA